UACAUGUACAUCUAGGUCAAGUUGCUGUUGGAGUUCACCUAAAUACUUGUUUCAGAAUUUAUUUGUUUCAGGAAUUACGCAGGAGCCCAUAAAGAGAGGCUUUGAUUUUUUAAUAACUUUUUGACAGUUGUGUGGUUUAUGUGGGUGGUUGGUAUUUUAAUUAUUCUAUUUUUUUACCUAGCCUGCUAUAUAAAGCGGUGGUGGCAGUGCAGCCUGAUUCAUUGUCUAAAAAUUCUUGACUGUUGUCAAAGAUAGUUCUAACUUAUAGUGGUCAACUGCUAUUCAAGCACUGUCUUGUAGUUAUCUAUAGAGAGUUCAACUCAACAGUUUUGAAAUUUGAAUCAUGGCAGAGCUAGUUCAACCUGAUUCUAAGAAGCCAGUUGGAUGGGUAAAAAAAGUAGGUGGUGCAUUUUCAAAGGCUGGAAGAGCUGUUGUAAAUGUUCCACAGCAAUUGUUAGAUUUGCAAAGAGAUGCAAGUAAAGCUCUUGAGUCUCUAUUGAGGAGAGCCUGGGCACAUCAAAGGGAAUUGAGGAUACUCGUCACUGGAAAGACAGGUCAAGGAAAGUCUACCCUCAUCAAUGGCAUUCUUGGUGCUCAUGUUGCUGUUGAAGGAGCUGGUGCCAAGAGAUGUACAACACAAGUUGAAAUGUUUUCAAAAACCAUCAAAGGUGUUCCAAUCAAAGUCUUUGAUUCUCCUGGCUUACAAGAUCGCACAGCAAAUGAAGAGGAGUACAUACAAGGAAUGAGAGAAACAUGCCAAGAGCUUAGUUUAGUCCUCUACUGCACUAAGAUGAUUAACACUCGACUAACUGAUGAUGACAAGAAUGCUAUGGUUAAGCUAACAAAAGCUUUUGGAGAAAGUUUCUGGAACUAUUCUGUGUUUGUCCUCACUUUUGCUAACCUUGAAAAUGUUGCAAGAAAAGAUGACAGAGAUGCUGAUGAGGAAGAACCAGAUGAUGAUGAUGAUGAGGGAUGGAAAGAAUUAGAAAAAAGAAGAUUCAUGAGACGGUUGGAGUUAUGGAAGAAAGAGCUACAAAAUUUCCUCAUCAAUGAAGUAGGAGUGAGUAAAAAGAUUGCUACAAGAAUUCCUGUCGUACCAACUGGAGACAACAAAAAAAACCGAAAAAGCAAGGAGUUUCUCCGUCUUCCUGACCGUGACAACUGGUUUAACAAUUUUUGGGAAGCAUGCUGCCUUCGAGUUAAAGAAACACGUCUUUUCCUUCAAAUAAACAGCGAUCGUAUGGUUGCAAAAGAUGAGGGUGAUAAUGAUGAUCCUGAUGAUGAAGAAGAAGAUGAUGACGAUAAUGAAGAACCUUCUAAAGCCUUGUCACCAGAAGAAGAGAAAAAGGACCUUGAAGAAAAAUUGGAGACAAUUAAAGGAUUCGAAACUGCUCGUAAUAGUAUCAUAAAACUUCAGCAGCAAUCAAAAGAAGAAAGGAAGACUCCAGAACCUAUGAAACCUAGGCCUUUAUCAAAUUAUCAAGUACAACAUAAUCCAACAAAGAAGAAAGAAGUACCGAAUAAGAUGACUAGGACAAGAGGUGCUUCAGAACCUGAUGAACCCCCACAGCUAGCAGUUUCAAAUGGUUAUUCAACACCCAGAAAUAAGACUCCUCCACCAACUGUUUCUCCAAAACCAGUUCGUCGAAAAAUGAAAGAAAGUAGCUAUGGAUUACCUACAAUUCCAAUGGAUGCCUUAAAGCCAGGAGCUACCUAUAUAAAGCCAAUGCCUCCUCCAUCCCCUUCAAAGGGUUCCCCAAAUCAUUCCCCAACUCCUGCAAGGAUAACAAAAGAAGCAUCCCCUCCCUCUUCUCCUCCUCUAUUGCAGCUACAAUCCAUAUCACAAAAUGGAGUACCCAUAGUUGAUGCAGUUCAGCCCAGUGAGCCCGCAGUUUCUGUUAGUAAAUCCGUUCAAGUCACUAAUCAUCUUGUGAACCAAGAUAUUCACAUUCAUCCCACUCUUGUCAAGGAGGUUGCCGUUGAGACCGUCAGAAGAGGUUUCGGUGAAUCUGUUGCUGAUGCAUGUAGAGCAGCUUUUGAUACCGUGAUUAAAAAACCAUCAAAAUGGUUUGUAGGAUUGUUUAAAAAAAAGAAGAAGUAGCAGCCUAAAAAUAAUGACUAUUAUGAAUUUGCUAAUUUAUGCUAUUAAUUCUUAAUGAUAAGUGCUUUUUGUUACUUUUAUUUAAAGUAAAUCUAUAAAACA